UGACAUAACUGACAACUGGUAAUUAAUAAUAAAGAACUGUGCCUGUAAACUAACCUGAAAAUUUAUUUUUUUAAAUUAUGUUUAAAACGAUCUUGAGCAAGCUAACCACAACAAAUUUAUCAUGUGGAUUCCACACCACAGCUGCCCUGAGCGAAGUAAGACUAUUAACUCGGCUACGAGUUGUAGAUAACUCUGAAAUUGGCAAACGAGCGAUGGCCGAGGGCAAACCGCCUAAAGUUAUUUGUGUUUAUAAUAAAAAACGUGUCGGAUUCAUCGGUGACAGAGUCAUGGUAGCUAUCAAGGGGCAGAAAAAGAAGGGAAUUCUGGUUGGCAUGAAACAAACACAGAAGGUGAAAGUUCCAAAGUUUGACAGCAACAAUGUAGUUUUGAUCGACGACAACGGAACGCCGUUGGGCACCAGGAUACAUGUGCCUAUCCCUACAAUACUCCGUACAAUCCUCAAAGAACGCACUCACUCAAAGGGUGCUGAUUAUACUAAACUACUAGCAAUAGCCACAAGAUUUGUUUAGCUGUAAAUAAUUAGUAGUACCUAAGUAGAUUUAAUAAAAUUAUGAUUUAUUA